AUGAGAGUUGCUUUUGUUUUGCUAGUUUGUUUAGUUUUGUGUUAGAGUAUUCCUGUACAUAAGAAAUUUUUGUAACUCGACGGUCAAGAGAGUGAUGUUGAAUAUACAUCAGAAAAUUUAUAGGUUGUUGAGGAGAAGAGCCAAAGUAAGGAUGUUCAGAUUUUGGCAGCUUAAGAGAGUGAUUUGAUGAUUAAUUAAUUAGAUCCAUCUGAGAAAUCGGAUACAUAAUAAUCUUUGGAUGAUGAAACACCAUUGAAUACUGCAUAUUUUGAAGAUGAAGAAAAUAAUAAUGAAAUAAUUGAAGAUGCUAGUUAAAAUAUUGUGGAGGAUUUGAAAUUGAUUGGCUAAUCUGAAAAUAACAAUAUUAUUGAUGAAAAUCAUCAAGUCAUAGACACUUAAUAAAACAUUAAUGAUAAUAAUGAGAAUUAUGUUUCAGACACCAUGAAUGUCAAUGAUGAAAUCCAGCAAGAACUUUCAGAUCAAUAGAAUGGCCAAGAAACAAUCAAUAAUGAAGAUAAUUAUUAUGAUGAUUCUAUUGAAAAUAAUGAUACAUUACAAGUAAGUGAUAGUGCCUCAUAAUAAUAAUUGAUUGCUUAAACAAAUGAUGUUCCAGAUCUAUCUAAUAUGGACUAAGAUUAAAUUACAUAAUAAUUUACCUAACCUUAAUAUGAAGUGCAACCAAAUCAAAUUGAAUAGACUAAUCAAUAAGACUAGACUAUCAUCGUUGAUAACCAAUUAGAAAAAGAUGAAAACCAACCAGAAGCUCAAAUUAUAGUUGUCUAAGAACAAACUUAAAUGCAAUCAGAUAAUUCAAGCCCCAAGCAAGUCAACAUCUAAUAAGAAAUCACCUCUGAAGAUCCAAAUAACAUAAGUGAUAUUAAUGAAGAAUAAACAUCCUAAUGCAUUGAAUUAUAUAGUUAAUGUUAUUACAAAGGAGAGACCAUGAAGGCUUGCAAUGAUCUUGGAUAAAUGAAAGAUUUCCCAUAUGAAAUUAAGUCCAUGAAGAUUCCUUAUGGAACUACUCUUACAAUUUAUGAUCAUCCCAAUUAUGAAGGGGAGAGACACACCUUCUCCAAAAACGAAGAGUGUUUAGCAAAUGUAAUUGUUCUAACAUAAAUUACAAUUUGA